AAGAAACAGGAGGAAGCAGCAGCAGCCACAGCAGCCUCAGAGGCACUGCCCUGAGGAUUAAGUUCAUCUCGUGUAUGGUGACGCUUUUGUUGGUUACCACAUCUUUCACUUCAUUUUUCCCUUCAUGUAUCUGUCUAGCCCACCCUCGCUUAUCUCCUCAUUACCUCAAACCUCCAUCAACAUAUCAGCAGGAGCCUGCUGACCUCUGUAAAGUGUUCACCUAGCAUUCAACAUGCUGAAACGCAUGUCCCGUGUGCUCAGAAACCUCCAGUGACUCCAAACAGAGCAUAAGAUUAGAAUAGAGUCUACACACCCUGCUGAGAACUGGCUCAACCCGGCUCCUCUUUCCACAUUUCUUCUCCGGUGUUGCCAUGUCUGACCCGCCCACUCCUCCCAUUUUCCUAACAACUCAGAGUGUCCCGGCUCUCCCGAACUCUGCAACAUGCCAUGCCUACACUACUGACUCGGGCACCCUGACAUAUAGAGUGCAUGUGCCAUGGAACUCACAGUGCAGGUCCAUAAUACCUACAAAAAAGGAUCAUGUCCUCCUUCUUAAGUUCCAACUUACUGUGACAGUGCUGAGCAUAACCGUCCUUAGUGCCGUCUACAAUAAGUGAAUCGUCUCAGAGCUCUGGGAAAAAAGAACACAAAACUUGGGCAGUAACCAUUCCUGCUGGUCCUUUUGUAUUUUUAUUACAUAACAUGAUUACUUAAUGUCACUUAUAGUCAAGGUCAGAAGUUCUCAAGUUUUUCUUUUUAAUCCCAGAUUCUACUUAUCCUCUUAACUAUCUGUUGGUAUUUAUCAUAAUUAGAAGUUAACCUGAGAAAUUAUGAAAACAAGGAAUGCUUGAGCAAAUACUUUAUCAGCUUUUAGAAUAAUUCUGUUAUUGUAAAUGGUCACACGGCCUCUGGAGAUACCAGCAUUCAUCCAAAAGAGUGGGAGAGUAAAACACAAAUCUUACUGUUGUUUUUAAAAACAUUUCUGACAUUUCAGACCCUGAAGAAUAUUCAGUUGACAUCCGUCCUAAACAUAUAUGCUCAUGAACCUGCCCCUGAGCACUUGGAAAAUUACUGAUCUAGAAUAAUGUAGGCUUUAAUCCGUUGAGUUCAAGGUUCCAACGGGCCAGUGAAGAAGUCCAUGCGGGAGAAGGCAGUGGAACGAAGGAACGUCAACAAAGAGCACAACAGCAACUUCAAAGCUGGGUACAUUCCCAUCGAUGAAGACCGGCUGCAUAAAACCGGGCUGAGAGGGAGAAAGGGCAACUUAGCCAUCUGCGUGAUUGUCCUCCUGUUUAUCCUGGCUGUCAUCAACCUGCUUAUUACACUUGUCAUCUGGGCCGUGAUUCGCAUUGGGCCAAAUGGCUGUGACAGCUUGGAGUUUCAUGAGAGCGGUCUGCUGCGAUUCAAGCAAGUGUCCGACAUGGGUGUCAUCCAUCCGCUUUAUAAGAGCACAGUGGGAGGAAGGCGGAAUGAAAACCUGGUCAUCACUGGCAACAACCAGCCGAUUGUUUUUCAGCAAGGGACAACCAAGCUGAGUGUUGAAAAGAACAAAACCUCCAUCACCAGCGACAUUGGAAUGCAAUUUUUUGACCCAAGGACACAAAAUAUCUUAUUCAGCACAGACUACGAGACUCAUGAGUUUCACCUGCCAAGUGGAGUGAAAAGUUUGAACGUUCAGAAAGCGUCAACUGAAAGGAUCACCAGCAACGCUACCAGUGACUUAAACAUCAAAGUCGAUGGGCGUGCAAUUGUGCGAGGCAAUGAAGGCGUGUUCAUCAUGGGCAAAACCAUUGAAUUUCACAUGCGAGGGGAUGUGGAACUGAAGGCUGAAAACAGCAUCAUCCUCAAUGGCACUGUGAUGGUCAGCCCAACACGUCUGCCCAGCUCCUCCGGCGGGGACCAGUCAGGCAGUGGUGACUGGGUGCGGUACAAGCUCUGCAUGUGUGCAGACGGCACACUCUUCAAAGUACAAGUAACAGGCCACAACAUGGGCUGCCAGGUCUCUGACAACCCUUGUGGAAACACCCAUUAGAAGGUGCAUCCGCAGGGCUCAGCGUGUUCAGAUCUAACUCGACCCUCCCCUUUUGAAGAAUGCAUGUGAGCCAUGUUUCUACAGUUUGCGUAACUUGUAAUUAUUUUAACUGGGAAACACCACUGUAUCUAUUAUGUGCUCUCCAUAUUUAAGGGGUUUUGAGUGCCUAAAUUCUAAUACAAUUUAGUAAGUUGCACUGAUACUCAAAGGACAGCUCUCUAAAAUAAUUAUGAGAAAUUAAUAAAAUCAAAAUUAAUCUUUGAAAUGUUUUUAACAUUCUACUAUCUCUUAUCCUAAAGGACAAAGGGCUGAAGCAGUUAAGACUCGCCAUCAGUAAGCCCUUGGUCAUUUCUCGUGGGGAGAGAUCCACUAGAGAUGUUUGGAGGGCACAGGGACACUGUUUGUGCUCUGUCUUUGGCUUUUAAAGGGGAAGGCACAACAGGUAUUUUAAUGCAUUAACCCAAAGCCACAUUUUCACAAACAAGUCAUUAAAGAGCUUUCCAUAUAUAAGUUUGUAAAAAGCUAUGUUUCCUUAGUUUUGCACUAAAGAAAAUACUGUCAGCUAUGUUUACUUGGAAUAAUGAUACAUGUAAGCUUUUAUAGUGUGUGGACAUUAGACACAAGCACGGUUCUCACUCCUGUGACAGUAGCUGUCAUCCCCAGGCCUCCUCUUGCCGAGCACUGUCCUGGGCACUGUACGCUGGACCUCUCUAUUCCGGCUGCACCUCUCUAAGCAAGUGCUUCACUCCCAGCUUUACUCAUCAGGAAACUGAAACGUCAGGGAGGUUCAGAAAAUUGACCCAUACUGUAUGGUAAAAGAUGGACUCAGGGUUAGAAGUCAAGUACAGUUCCAACCCAGGGGAACCUAUUCCAAGUAUGUUUCUGCCUUUUUUACAAUCUACACUGAAUUUUCAACUAUUUAAAACUCUCAAAGAAUGGGAAAAGCCAAAUCCUAAUUUACCUAACAGGUAAAAAUCUAGCUCGUGUGCUACUCUCUAGUUAAAAUAACAGUGCUAGCAAAACAUGACCAAUCACUGUCAGAUUUUAAACUAUUUUGAGCCAGUUCUAAGCUGUCAUUCAAUAAACCGGUCUCCUUGGUCUGCUUGACAUGUGAGAGCACCUGAAUGAGUGAUAGAGAAGCCAACACAUUUUUCCCUAAGCCCUGGGGAAGCUCAGUGGAAAGGGAGGAAGCUAGGCCUCAGUAGGCCCAGCUGUCCUGAUGUUAUUCCUCCAGUGUCCCAUACCGGCAUCACCCUUUAGAAGUACACUGUGCCUAGAAAUUAAUAUACAUGAGAAUAAAGGGUGCUAAUUCGGGAGACAAAGCAGGUCAUUUUAGCUAGGUAUAAAACUUUUAUCUCUGCUCCUCAUCUCAGUCUCAUUUUAAUUACUUACAGCCCCCAAGUCAGUUGAUUCUUAGCAUAGUUUAUACUUGAUUUGAAAGGAAUUUCUUGAUAUUACUAAGACACAUGGGAUGGGGGAUGAAGAGACAUAGCUCUAAAGUACAGUAGGGAGGUAUCCUGGGCCUAGCUACAGAGACAAGUGUUUGUAGUCUGUCAUGGCCACUUAGAACUGUGUGGAUAAGAAAUCAAUAUAUAAAACAAUUUGUAUUCAAUAUUGUCACAAUUCUGUCAAAUGGAAAAACUGAAUACCUUAUAGAUUGUGAACUCAGGCUAAGGUAAGAGUUGACUUGAGACCUGACACUAAGUGCAGAUUUUAGAUGUAAAGAAAGAGAGCAAUUUAUACCUCUGGAUAUAUUCAAGUAUUGUUUAAUAACUAAAUAAUGCUCAGAAAAAUCAUGCUUGGAAUUCUCAUUUCCAUGCUCAGUGUAUUUUUAAAUUAUACAUUUGUUACAUGUUCUAUUUAAAUUUGUUUUGAGAAUUUCUUUAAAUAAAUAUUUUUUACUAAAUCCACAGAACACUAUAUUACAAAGUAUUAUUUACUAAAUGCAAUUCAUUUUUUUAAAAAGUGUAUUUUUACAUGUCUGUGAGAAACACUUGUGUUUUGAUACAUCUCCAUUGAGCACUUUGUAGUUUGAGAAUAUCCUGAUGCUUUGUAAAACUCGUGCUUACUAAGUAUGGUAUUUUAGACCACACUGUGGUAAACCCACUGACACACUGACUUGGAAACUCUGCCCAAGCCAAGCUUGGCGUACAGGGAAGCCGCACUGUUAAAUAGGGCCACCAGGGGGCAUAUUCCUUCUCAUGCGUUCAUCUGUUUUGAACGUACCACACUGAGAGGACUUACUGCAGGCCUCUGGAAGGUAGAUGCAGGAGGAACCCAGGGAGGAAAACAAACACACAUUUAAAGUAAGGACAGUAUUCUAGAGAUGAAUAUCAAUGCAAAGAGAUAGAAAAAAAUAAAAGUAAGAUUCGUUCUGGAUUGUCCAGUGGGGGGAGGGCAUCCACAACACAAAGCAAGAGCUACCUGCCAACGUCAGCAGUCUUUUAAUCACUUUAUUGGCAAUCUUUUUGCAUUGCAACAGGAGCAAAGUAAACUUUGUGUGCUAGUUUUGAUGAUGAAAGGUAGAAUUUCUACCUGGUUUUGAUGAGUGUUUUUAUAAAGGGGUUAUAAUUACUGUGUUAAACUUAAUGAAGAGGAGACCAUUGAAGUGCUGGUCAUUAUAAUCUUUCGAAUGACAUCAAGAGGGACAAAGUUUACAAGUUAUGCCACACAAAAAAUAUACCUAUGUAUUUCUGAUUGAUGACCUCUGUUUACAAUAAAAUGCUGAGAACUUG